AUGCGGUCUACCGUUGCUCCUAAUAUCCUGUUUCUCAUGGAAACGAAAAAUCAAGAUCCCUCUGUUUUCCAUGUAUGCCAACCUUUAGGUUUCUCUAACCGGUUUACGGUUCCUCCACUAGGUUUAAGUGGAGGUCUGGCUCUUUUUUGGUCUGAUAAUGUGUCCUUAGAGGUUCUAGCCUCGAGCCCUCAUUUCAUUGACACAAAGAUUAAAUUUCAAGGCAUUGUAUCUUUUAUCACCUUCACCUACGGAGCCCCUCAAGUUGAAAACAUAGCUGAGAUUUGGGACCUUAUAUCUUCGUUGGGAUCAUCCCGUGACGAACCUUGGCUUCUCACAGGUGAUUUCAACGAGAUACUAGACAGCUCAGAAAAGGUAGGAGGCCCCCUGAGGAGCGAAGGCUCCCUAAUUCCUUUCCGUAGCUUUGUAUCUCAAAAUGGCCUCUGGGAUUUGCCUUUCUCCGGAAACAACCUCUCGUGGAGAGGUCAGCGCCACACCCACUUUAUUCUUUCACGUCUUGACAGAUCCCUGGCCAACUGUUCAUGGACGGAAACCUUUCCUUCUGGACACAGCUCUUAUCUCCGGUAUGAGGGUUCCGAUCAUCGGCCUCUAGUAACGGUAUUUGAUAGUACGAAGAGGAAAGGCUCAGGGAUCUUCCGCUUUGAUAGACGUCUGAGGGGAAAGCCAGAAGUCACACCGCUUAUUUCAGAGGCCUGGGGCAAUCCCUCCUCUCCAGCCCCUCCCAUUUACGUGAAACUAAGUGAUUGCAAGAGAACCAUUAUUCAAUGGACAAGAGAGCAGAAUGCUACAAAAACGGCCCGCAAUAAAGCUAGCCAAGAAGCCUUAGAGGCUGCGCUUUCAUCAGAACUCCCUGACCCCAACCUUAUUGCUACUUUACAAGACUCUGUAGCCACUGAUUAUCGUGAGGAAGAAGAAUUCUGGAGGCAAAGAAGUCGUAUUCAAUGGCUACAGCAUGGCGACAGUAAUACAAGCUUCUUUCAUGCAGCAACGAGAGGACGCAGAGCUAUUAACAAUCUUUCAAUGAUUGAGGAUGCUGAAGGCACUACUCACCAUGAAGAUCAUCUCAUUGGAAAAGUAGUUGCUGACUUCUAUCAAAAACUGUUUACUUCCGAUUAUCGAGACCCAAAGGCAGCCGUUGACGAAGCUCUCCAAACUCGUGUUACACCGGCAAUGAAUGAAGCCCUCACAAAACUUCCUGAUGAAAAAGAAAUAAAAGAGGCCGUCUUCUCUGUUCACCCGGACAAGGCCCCAGGACCAGACGGGUUCUCAGCUGGGUUCUAUCAUUCCUAUUGGGAAAUCAUAAGCUUUGACGUGUACCGAGAAAUCCGCAGUUUCUUUGAAAGUGGGUUCCUCCAUCCCCGAUACAAUGAGACACACGUCCGUCUCAUCCCAAAGGACCUCGGUUCCAAGAAGGUCGCAGACUUCCGUCCCAUCGCUCUCUGCAGCGCACAUUACAAGAUCAUCGCAAAGAUUCUGUGUAAAAGGCUCCAACCUUUCCUUUCUACGAUCAUAUCGAAACACCAAUCUGCUUUUGUCCCCAAGAGAGCAAUUGCGGAUAAUGUUUUGAUUACGCAUGAAACCCUUCACUUCCUCCGUCUCUCUAAAGCUCAAAAGCAUUGUUCCGUGAUUCCCACUCGAGGGCUUCGCCAAGGAGAUCCCUUAUCUCCGUACCUCUUCAUUCUCUGCACUGAGGUUCUGUCUGGCCUUUGCAGGAACGCACAAGAACGUGGUGCUCUCCCUGGUGUCCGCGUUUCUCGACAAAGUCUGGCCAUCAAUCAUUUGCUAUUUGCGGAUGAUACUAUGUUCUUCACUAAGACCAACCCGACGAGUGUCUCGGCCUUACUCUCGGUGAUCAGAACCUACGAAAAUGCAUCGGGCCAAUGCAUAAAUCCAACGAAAUCUUCCGUUACCUUCUCCUCCAAGACUCCCUCGGAAGUAAAAGCUCUUGUGAAGUCAUCGUUAGGAAUUGAGAAAGAGGGGGGAGUGGGUAAGUAUCUUGGACUCCCGGAACAUUUUGGUCGCUGUAAGAAGGAUAUUUUCACGGGUAUUGUGGAUAAAGUCCGGAAAAAGGCACAUAGCUGGACAAGUGGCUUCCUCUCCGGUGCCGGCAAACAAGUCCUUUUGAAGUCGGUGCUCUCUACGAUGCCAUCUUACGCUAUGUCUUGUUUUAAGUUACCCAAGUCUCUCUGUAAGAGACUGCAGACGGCCCUAACACGGUUCUGGUGGGACGACAAACCAGAUAAACGGAAGAUGAGUUGGGUCUCAUGGGACAAACUCUCUGUCCCAAAAAAUGGAGGCGGACUUGAUUUCCGAGAAAUCGAGAUCUUCAACGAUGCUCAGCUUGCAAAAAUUGGAUGGAGGCUUCUCAACCAACCGGACUCCCUGCUCGCUCAAGUGUUAUUAGGCAAAUACUGUCACUCGUCCCACUUUCUAGCUGCUUCUCCUCCCUCUAAUGCCUCUCACGGAUGGAGAGGUAUUCUAGCAGGUAGAGAGAUCUUAAGAAAGGGUUUAGGUUGGACUAUAGGGGAGGGCAAGGAUGUGAACCUCUGGACAGAACCUUGGCUCUCCAUCUCCACCCCUACUCAACCUAUAGGUCCACCUCCGGAACAUCUCAGGUCGCUCGUUGUUGGUGACCUCAUACAUCAACACUCUAACUCUUGGAAUGUCGACGCCAUCCACAUGGUUGUUCCACAGCAUGAAGAAGAGAUUCGGAAACUGGUCCUUGGCUCCAAGAGAUCGAAAGAUGCUUUACGCUGGCUUCACUGUAAAUCUGGUGAGUACACCACCAAGACUGGUUAUGCUAUCUCGAAGCUUCACAAUGAACCAGUCCAUGCCGAUGGUUUCAAUUGGCAAACAAACCUUUGGCGGGUAAAAACCUCACCCAAGUUAAAGCACUUUCUCUGGAAAGCCUCUGCUAACGCACUCUCGGUGGGAGCUGCUCUCAUAGGUCGAGGUUUCAACACGGAUGGUCGUUGUGUCCGCUGUGGAGAGGUGGAAGAUGUUCGUCAUGUUUUACUCACCUGCCCAUAUGCACAGACAGUCUGGAACCUAGCCCCGGUCCUUUUUAAGCCAAACCCUGUGGAUUGCCCUAACAUGAAAGCCCUCCUUCUCCAAGCAAGGAAACUCGUGAACUUACCACCCACGGGACUUUCACUCACGCCUCUGUUUCCAUGGUUGGUCUGGUUUCUCUGGAAAGCGAGGAAUCUCCUCAUCUUCGAGGAACGUAUUGUCUCCGCUCAGGACACCUACCAUAAAGCCAUCUCAGAGGCAAAAGCGUGGCAACACUCUCGGACAGCCUCAAAUGCCGCUUCGGAUCAGAGUAACCUUCCUCCUUCUCUAACUCCUCGCUUUCUCCCUCCGCCGGAUGUCCUCAGCUGCUACACAGAUGCAGCCUGGCAGGCCUCUGAUUUACGGUGUGGAGCGGGAUGGAUCAUCAAGAACUCUGUUGGUGAUAUUGUCCUACAAGGUACGGAGGUCAGAGAUUUUAUCCCUUCAGCCCUCGCUGCUGAAGCUACUGCGGUUUUGCUUGCUCUUACUUAUGCUAGAGCUGCUAACGUUUCUCAAGUGGCCUGCUUCUCAGAUUGCCUAGAAUUGAUUUCUCUGCUCAACUCCGGUGGCCUCUCUUUGGGAAUUUUGGGUCUUUUGAUCGAUAUCAGGUCAUUAGUGCCUUCUUUCUCCGCUAUCUCGUUUCAUUUCCUUCCUCGUUUGUUGAACUCUGAGGUUGAUGCCCUGGCUAAGUCCAGCUUAUUUCCUGUACUUGUUUCUCCCUCUGUUGAGGCUGAGGCCCCUUAA